AUGAACGGCACCGCACCGCAGCCGCAGACGGCGGACGGGGACUCGCUGGCGGCCCGGAUGCGCAACGUGUGGCGGUCCAGCCGGCUCGAGUACCGGGCCAUCGACGGCGACGACCAGGCCUUUAUCCUGCGACACGUCCUCAACGACCCGGCCGUGGCCGUGCUCUCGUCGGGCGACCUGUUGAAGCCGCAGACGGCCAAGGACAGCGACGACUUCGUCAAGCGGCUGGGCACAUGCACGCUGAGCGUCGCCAUCUGCCUGCCCGACGCGGCCGCCGCCCCGAAGACGACGCCCGGCGGCGGCGAGAUGAUCGGCUUCCUCUGCCUGGCGCCCACGCGGCCCCUGGCGCAGCCGCACCACCGCUCGUGCGACCUGGCCAUCAGCCUCGCGGCGCACCGCCAGCGCCGCGGCUACGGCAGCGAGGCCAUUGCGUGGGCGCUCGACUGGGCCUUCGGCCACGCCGGGCUGCACCGCGUCGGCCUGUGCACGGCCGCGUUCAACGCGCGCGCCCUGGGCGUGUACCGCGCCCUGGGCUUCGUCGACGAGGGCCGCCAGCGCCAGCGCAUCCGCAGCGACGGCGCCUGGCACGACCUCGUCUUCUUGUCGGUGCUCGAGCACGAGUGGGAGGCGCGGCGGGGUGGGCGGGAGAGUGUGGUGCUGGUUGGUCGUUGA